AUAUAAUUAUUGAUCCAUAACAUUGCAAGAUUCGCAAUAUCUCCCUUACCUCUUAACACUAUCUUUCUCUCUUUCUUGAUCGGACAAGAAUGGAGAAAGAUAAUAGUUUCAUGGAUCCGUUUCUGUCUUCCACGGAGGACCUUGACCCAACGACCCAGAAAGCGUUGAUGGAUUAUUUAGGAGUUGGCAGCACAGCAUCUUCUCUUGUCUCCUUCUGCUCUACCGCCGUUGAUAUCCCGCCCAUCUCCAACGUUGGAGACUUUGUCAGAGAGUUUAGAAUUGAGUCUAAGAAGCUAUGGAAGCUAGCCGGCCCGGCUAUUUUCACAUCAAUGGCCCAGUUCUCUCUCGGAGCCAUCACUCAGGUUUUCGCCGGACAUAUUAGCACCAUCGCUCUCGCCGCUGUCUCCAUCGAGAACUCAGUCAUCGCUGGUUUCUCCUUCGGUAUCAUGCUUGGAAUGGGAAGCGCGUUGGAAACGCUAUGCGGACAAGCGUUUGGAGCAGGACAAGCAUCAUUGCUCGGCGUUUACUUGCAACGCUCGUGGGUGAUUCUAAGCGCAACGGCUCUCAUGCUUUCACUACUCUAUAUUUUCGCGGCUCCGAUCCUAACAUUCAUAGGCCAAACCGCUACAAUCUCGGCCAUGGCCGGGCUUUUCUCCAUCUUCAUGAUCCCACAGAUCUUCGCCUACGCCAUAAAUUACCCGACCGCUAAGUUUUUGCAGUCGCAAAGCAAGAUCAUGGUCAUGGCAGGGAUCUCUGGUGUGGCUCUUGUGAUCCACACGCUCCUCACGUGGCUAGUCAUGUCUAAGUUCCACUGGGGACUUCCCGGUUUAGCUUUCGUGCUUAACACAUCGUGGUGGUUCAUCGUUGUGGCGCAGCUCGUGUAUAUUUUUGGUGGGACUUGUGGAGAGGCUUGGUCAGGAUUCACGUGGGAAGCUUUUCACAAUUUGUGGGGUUUUGUUAAAUUGUCUCUGGCUUCUGCUGUCAUGAUUUGUUUGGAGGUUUGGUAUUUCAUGGCACUCCUGUUGUUUGCUGGAUAUUUGAAGAAUGCUGAAGUCUCCGUGGCUGCACUCUCCAUUUGCAUGAACAUUUUGGGAUGGGCAGUUAUGGUUUCAGUUGGGAUAAACGCGGCAGUAAGUGUGAGAGUGUCAAAUGAGCUUGGGGCUAACCACCCACGAACGGCCAAAUUCUCUCUAGUCGUGGCGGUGAUAGUAUCGACAGCCAUCGGGAUGCUUAUAGCGGCGGUCUUACUCUUCUUCCGAGACGAGUACCCAGUUCUGUUUGUGGAAGAUGAAGUAGUUAGAAAUAUGGUUAGAGAACUCACACCAAUGCUUGCCUUCUGCAUUGUCAUUAACAAUGUUCAGCCUGUUUUGUCUGGAGUGGCUGUGGGAGCUGGAUGGCAAGCAGCUGUUGCGUAUGUGAACAUAGCUUGCUAUUACUUGUUUGGAAUCCCAUUUGGUCUUCUGCUAGGAUUUAAGUUGGAAUAUGGCGUAAUGGGUAUUUGGUGGGGGAUGAUGACUGGAACUUUUGUUCAGUCGAUAAUUUUGACUUGGAUGAUAUGCACAACCAACUGGGCCAAAGAGGCUGCAAUGGCGGAAGAGAGGAUACGAGAAUGGGGAGGAGUAACAGAGAAAGAGACUCUUUUGAACUAACUAUAUAGUUUUAUUUUAAGACAUAUGUUAAGAAGAUCUGCACGUUACAUUUUCGUGUCCGAACCAAAAAAAAGUCUUGAUAUUCACUCUUUCUCUAAGAUUUUAAUAAGUUGUAAUGUAAGAGCCUUUUUAAUCAAUAAACAUUUUGAAUUUCGAGAA